GUUUUUUGUGAUCUAUUUUUUGCCGUUUUAGGGGAUUUUAAUGGCCCACGCGGUUGUUAUGUUUCGUGAGACAGUAGAACACGAUGAGGCUCGUUUGGGGGAGACUCGGAGGGUUUACUAGCAGUUUUUGGUGACUGGUUUGGCUUCCUGUUUCACUGUUUACGGCCGGGUAAGUGAUGCAUCAGCGAUUCAUCCUCUCAGACAUGGAGGACCCUGAUAUACGACAACAGAAGCUCGACAACCAGCGAGCCCUUUUGAUGAAAAAGCAGCAAAAAAAGAGAGCUGACUCUCAAAUGGUGGUAGCCAAUCGGGAUGCUCGCCAAAAGAAACAGAAGCUCAAAACUGUGUGCUCCGAUCAAACACCGCUGCUGAUCAGCCAAUCCCUGAGCAACACUUCCCUCACUGAUCAAGUUGAACAUGCCCAUGAUAACCCACUGGAUGAGAUCAUGUUAGGUGAAGACAACACAACAGCAACUAUGAAGUUUGAUGAGGUGCCUUCACAGAUUCCUAAUACUCCCAAAAAAAUGAACUUGGAGAUUGACAAAGAGCCUGAGGUGAAGUGUGAAGUGGAGAAUAACGCUCAGGGUGAGGGGAAAAAGCCAAAGAAGAAAGACGUGAAAAAAGAAAAAGCCAAAGAGAUCGACCAGGAUGAUGAACAGGAACAAGAGAAGGAGAAAAAGGAGAAAAAAACAAAGAAGAAAGACAAAGCGAAAGAAUCUGAAGACCCACAGAAGACAACCAAGACAACCAAACAAGAGCGAAAAAAGAAGCACUUGCAGGAGGAGUCGAGCCAGGAGACAGAGCCAGUGGGGGAUGUGGCGAGUCCAAAGAAGAAUAAAAGCAAUGGAAGUGAAGCUGAAGAGGCAGAAGGGGCUGAGAGGCCUGCCACUCAAUCGCCUAAGAGGAAAAAACAACUCUACACAACUAGGUGCCAAAUAAGUGACGAGAGCAAAGACGAGGAAAUCCAGAAGGAGAAAAGGGAGAAGAAGAAGAAGAAAGCAGAGAAGGCCGCGCCAGGUCUCGGUUCCCUUAACUCCAACUACAGAAAGGGUUCAUCGUCAAACAGUGAAUCCAAUGACAGAUCAUCGUCUCCAAUUUCAGUGGAGGAUCUGGAGAAGUUUGCGUUGCGUCCGGCCUCCAGGGAUGUCACCAUCCAGUGCAGGGUCACCAGGGACAGGAGAGGCAUGGAGAAGGGAAUGUACCCCACGUACUACCUCCACAUGGAGAAGGAGGAUGGCAAUAGGGUGUUUCUAAUGGCAGGCAGAAAAAGGAAGAAGUGCAAAACAUCCAACUAUCUCAUCACCACGGACCCAGUUAAUCUUACCAGAGACACAAACUGCUACAUAGGGAAACUAAGGUCCAAUAUUCUGGGUACAAAGUUCACAGUCUAUGAUGGAGGUGAAAACCCGGAGAAAAAGCCGUUUGUCAAAGAGUGUGAAUCAGUGAGGCAAGAGCUAGCAGCAAUCUGCUAUGAGACGAACGUGCUGGGAUUUAAGGGUCCCAGAAAAAUGACAGUGAUCAUCCCCGGCAUGUUGGAGAACGACGAAAGAGUGUCCAUUCGCCCAAAGAAUGAUAUUGAUACUCUUCUGGCCCGCCAUGCACACAGCAACACUGACAAUCUGGUCACGCUGGUGAACAAAUGCCCGAGCUGGAACGAACAGUCUCAGUCGUUUGUGCUUAACUUCCACGGUCGUGUCACGCAGGCCUCGGUCAAAAACUUCCAGAUCGUCCACCCUGAAAACGAGGAUUACAUAGUGAUGCAGUUUGGCCGGGUAGCAGAGGACGUCUUCUCCAUGGAUUACAGCUUCCCCAUGUGUGCCCUGCAGGCCUUCGCCAUCACGCUGUCUUCUUUCGAUGGCAAACUGGCCUGUGAGUGAGCCACGCUGUCGUACCUCAAGUGCUUAACUACAUCCCUACUGUUGAAAGAAACUUACAGUUUAAAUUACAAGGACACCCAUCAGUUUGCACAGUGUCAUUUUUAUUGUUUAGUUUCCUGGUGCUUUGUAACAUCAUGUAAACACUAAAUAUGAAAAGCCUGCCACAGACUUAGACUUCAGAGACUUGUUUUAUAGGUCCAGUAUUAUUUUACAGCAGAUUUUAUAUGGAAGUGUAAUACGACACAAUUAUGUAAGUCAUUUUAUGUAAUUGACUUGUCUUUCUUUUUAUAUUUGCCAGCUGUGUAAAGGACUUAAAAUAUUGAGGACGACAGUGUAAAGACUACAAAAUAUUAAAUGACGGUAUUACAAGGUUUUAAUGUCCAUGAAUGUUUUUUUAUUUAUUUAUUUUAAUCAGGAAGUGUCUACUGCGUUUAACAUGA